AUGAAGUCGUCCGUUCUGCUGCUGUCGCUAGCUGCGUCCGCGCUGGCCGUGCCAGCCCCGAGCAAGAGACAUAUCGUCCACGAGCGAAGAGACGCUCUGCUGCACUCGUGGAGUGAGCCUCGCCGGGUCGAUGGCCGGACCCAGCUGCCUGUGAGAAUCGGGUUGAGUCAGUCCAAUAUUGAUGAAUCGCAUGAUAUGCUCAUGGACAUCGCGUCCCCAUCCUCGCCCAACUACCGCAAGUACAUGACCGUGCAUGAAGUCAACGAGCUCUUCGCCCCGGCCGGCGAGGCUGUCUCUGCCGUCCGCGACUGGUUAGAGAGUGCAGGAAUUGCUGCUGAGCGUGUGACACAGUCGGCGAAUAAGCAAUGGCUGCAAUUCGACGGCGAUGCAGCAGAGGUUGAAAGCCUUCUGGGUGCUGAGUACUACAUUUAUACUCAUGAUACCAACGGUCGGUCACACAUGGGCUGCGAGAAAUACCACGUCCCUGAGCAUAUCAGUCAUCAUAUCGACUACAUCACCCCAGGUGUCAAGUUGCUGGAAGUGCGUGAGCCACAGCCGGCUGAGCUUGAGAAGCGUACCUUUGGUUUCCGCAAACCUCAGCCUCCGCUGUUCAAGGCCCUUCCAGAAUCCCUCGAGACUAUCAUCAACAGUAUCCUCGGUGGCCUCCUAGACCUGUGCUCUACGGUCAUCACUCCUAGCUGCAUCAAGACCUUGUACAACAUCACCGAAGGGACAACUGCCACCAAGGGCAACGAACUGGGCAUCUUUGAGGAUCUCGGGGAUUACUACUCCCAAACCGACCUAGACCUCUUCUUCACCUCGUUCUACUCACAAAUCCCCGCUGGCACAGGCCCAACUCUCAAGGGCAUCGACGGCGCCCAAGCCCCGACCCAAACCCUCACCCAGGCCGGCCCAGAGUCUGACCUGGACUUCCAAGUCUCGUACCCAAUUAUCUGGCCCCAGAACAGCAUCCUCUUCCAGACUGACGACGCCAACUACGAGGCCAACUACACCUUCAACGGCUUCCUCAACAACUUCCUCGACGCCAUCGACGGCUCGUACUGUACCUACUCCGCCUUUGGCAUCGAUGGCAAUACUGUCGACGACCCACCAUACCCCGACCCAGCUUCGAACGGCUACAAGGGCUCUCUCCAAUGCGGCGUCUACGAGCCCACAAACGUCAUCUCCAUCUCCUACGGCGGUGACGAGGCCGGCCUGUCCGUCAACUACCAGAAACGCCAGUGCAACGAGUACAAGAAACUUGGACUGCAGGGCGUGUCGGUCGUUGUGUCCUCAGGCGACAGCGGUGUCGCUGGUGCGGAUGGCUGUCUUGGUGGUGGCAAGAUCUUCAACCCUGACUUCCCGGCUGGAUGCCCGUACAUCACCACCGUCGGCGCCACCUACCUCCCCUCUGGCGCCAGCAGCACCUCCGACUCCGAAGUCGCCGUCUCCCGCUUCCCAUCCGGCGGCGGCUUCAGCAACAUCUACACGCAGCCCUCUUACCAAAGCGACGCCGUCAACACCUACCUCACUCAACACACACCACCCUACCCAGCCUACGAAACCAGCGACAACUCCAGCGUCGGCGCGAACGGGGGUAUCUACAACAAGGCCGGGCGCGGGUACCCCGAUGUUGCGGCUGUAGGCGAUAACAUCGUCAUCUUCAACGCUGGCGCACCGACUCUGAUCGGUGGCACGUCGGCCUCGGCACCCAUCUUCGCUUCCAUCCUGACGCGCAUCAACGAGGUAUUGCUGGCGAAGAAGGGCACGACGGUGGGAUUUGUGAAUCCGACGCUCUAUGCGAAUCCAGAUGCCUUUCAUGAUAUUACUAGCGGCGAUAACCCCGGUUGUAGUACGAAUGGGUUCUCGACGGCGCCGGGUUGGGAUCCUGUGACGGGGCUGGGGACGCCGAAUUAUCCGGCGUUGUUGAAGGUGUUUUUGGGGGAGUGA